AUGACAGUGCCAGACCCAAACUUCCACGUUAUCAUAAUCGGAGCCGGUGCAACCGGCCUCCUCCUCGCACAGGGUUUAAAAACCGCCGGCAUCGGAUAUACCGUCUACGAACAGCACGAGGAGGAGACAUACACCCGGCGCGCGGGACAAUGGACCAUGGCUCUACACUCUGCCCUGCCGUAUCUCGAAUCCAUCCUCCCUCCUGCGCUCCGUGCCAAACUAAACUCCGCAACGACGAAUCCCUGGUCCGAGCCAGACCCUGCCAUUGCGGCCGCUAUCCCCUUUGUGAAUGGUGCCACUGGCGAGCUGAUGGCCAAGAUUCCGAUGCCGAGCCCGAAGCGUGUUAUCCGGGGGAAGCUGCGUGAUCUCUUGAGGACGGGUGUGGAGGUUAGAUUUGGGAUGGGUUUGACCGGCAUCCGAGUGGAGGAUGACGGGGUGGUUGCUGUUUUUGACGGAGAGGAGGUCAGGGGGAGUGUGCUUGUCGGAGCGGAUGGAGUGCGGAGCGUGGUGAGAGAACAACUCGUCGAUGCGAAGGUUGCGGCGCUGCAGAAGCCGAACAUCAUGGCUUUGAUUGCCUUCCCCACGUUCACUAGAGAGCAGGCGCUUUUCAUACAUGGCAAGUCCCACCCGAUCGUGCAGCUCGCUCCCCAUCCGCACCAGAAAACGAGUAUCUUCUCCAACGUGGCCAACGUGGUUGACCCCGUUCGGCCGGAAACCUGGGUGUUUCACUAUUGCCUCUCUAUCUGGACAGCCGAGGACCCCCCAGAAAAUGCCGAGGCGCGCCGCGCACUGUUCAAGCAUCACAUGAGCCAAUACUGCGAGCCGUACAAGUCGGCUGGGGAAUGGUUGAGUCAGGCCACGCCAAUACUAGCCGAAAAGUUCCAUUACUGGAAAAACAUAACACGAUGGAAUAAUUUCGGCGGAAAAGUUUCCCUAGCGGGUGAUGCGGCGCAUCCGAUGGUCCCUUUCACCGCGCAGGGACUGAACACUGCGCUCGAAGACGUGAAACGCUUCCUUGAUGCCAUUGUCAAGGUGGUGUACCACGGCGCGGAUCUCAAGAAAGAGAUGGAUGCCUACGAUGAGUCGGCGUAUACGCGUGGCAAGCAGGACAUAAACUUGUCGGUAGAGCAGAUGUACGCCUAUCAUCACUGGGAGGAGAUAAUGACCAGUCCGUUGAUGAAGGGGGGUUAUGGUACCUUAAUCAAUGGUUCCGCCAUUAAUUAA